AUGAAACAAGCACAGCCACGACGACGACGACCGCAAGGACGAGCGGAGACGGUGCUGCACGACCUCGAAGCCCUCUUCGAGCGAACCCUGCGAGUGGACACUGACAUCCUCCGCGCCAUGCUCCGCGAUGUCGAAUUCAAGAAAGACCUCGAUGCCCUCUCCGACCCGGACCUCCAACCCGACGAGCAAGACCGCUAUACCCAACACCGCGCCAGCUGGACCGCCGUCGUCGGCGAAUGCCGACAAGUCAGCGACUCCACCGCCGCUACGGGCGCCCGUCUGGAGGCAUUCUGCCUGGACCUCGAAACAAAACUCGCCUUCUACCACUCUAACUGCUUCCCCGGUCCCCUCCGCCAACUCGUUACCCUCCUCUCCCGAGUCUGCCACCACCCCUUCCGCACGCGUAGGGACGAGUGCUACCCCGACAUCGUCCGCGCCAGCCUCGCCGUCUCCCGCGUCGUCAAGUCCCUACGAGCGCUUCACAAGGAGACGCACUACGAGACCCUCAGCCACCGCGGAGAAAGAGACCCUGCCAUUCGCUUCUCCAUCCUACGAACGACAACACAACUUCACAAGGAGACGCACUACGAGACCCUCAGCCAUCGCAGAUAA